CAUACCCAGAGACAGAGAUGAUUUUUUGUCUGCUAACUGUCACUGCACGGGUCGAACUGUCAGAUAGAGUUUAAUUCUUCAUCCACACCAGCGCUGAAAAAUUGAAGAAAAAUGUUGGCUAAACACAUUGUCAAACAAGGUCUCCUUUUGAGAAAUGCUGGUGCCUUGUCCCGUGCAUCCUACCACGGUAGUGGCGUAAAGGUUACAAUGAAUGACUUGCCUGUCCCCCAAGGUGACUGGAAAGAAAACCACACCCGCCAAAAUUCCAAGUACAAUGCUGUCUUGGCUGCUGGCAUUGCUGCUUUAGUUGGCACUAUUGCUUUGGUUAAAUCUACUGGCAUCAUUGACUUGAACUACAGCCCACCAGAAUCUACCGAUUAAAUAAAUGUAUUGUAAUUAUGUGUGUUUAGUAACAUUCUUAAUAAAAUAACUGUGGAAACACGUUAUCCAAAAAUAAAGUGAUAAAACAAACUUA